AUGGAUUCCAAUCCAGCCAUCCCGUCCGAGGCCCCGGCUUCUCGUCCUGAACAUCUCACAGCCAUCCUCGACACUACCACCAUCACCACCACCACCACCGCCACAAUCACCGCCACCAGCGCAGUCAAAGAAGAGCCGGAAAUUCUCCCACUCCAUCAGGGCUCCCUGCCGCCCGUGCGGCGAAGAUUCCGGGGGACGCGCGAAAUGCCUCUCCGCGAAGAACUGGUGCAUGAGUACGUCAUUGCGGGUUUCCUGGCUGUGGAGCGGGAACGGCAGAGGGCUUUGGAGGCUAUGUUGAGGGAGGGGUGGAGGCUUGCUGGGCGGGCGCCGGAUGCGGGUGCGGAUGCGGAUGCGGGUGUUGAGGGGGAAGAGGUGGUGGUGGAGGAGGAGGGGGAGUGGUUUUCUGAUGAAGAAGAGGAGGUGGAGGAGGGGAGUAGGGAGUCUGAAGUUUCGGUGGAUUGGAAGGGUUCUGUUGCGCAGAAUGAGGCUGAUGGAGAUGGAAAUGGAAAUGUUGAGGUGCGCGGGGAUGAUGAUGAUGAUGGGGAGGUCGGUGAGGAGGAAAGGGAGAUUUUGAGCGAGAUUGAUGGAUCCGCGCGAGAUGAAGAAGAGAUGGGUGGGCUUGAGACUUUUUCCGCCGAGGCAGGAGGCUCGCCACAAAGACCUGAAAAUGACGCCGGAGAUCGCAAAGACGAGCGGGACACGGUACUCGCACCUGAUGCCGCCCCGCAGGAUAAGGAGACGGAUGACCUUCAGACAGUCUCAGCCGAUACGACCGGCUCGUCACAGAUGCAGGGGCGUGAUCCUGAAGGCCAUGAGCAUGAGCGCGAUGAGAUCGACGGGACUGCCCGACAUGCAGAAAUUUCUGAACUCCCCGCCGAGAAUGGUGGAGAUUUGAUAGAUGCACAAGAAGACAGCACCGUCGAGCAAAGCCAGGAUCAGGACCUCGUCUUGACGAGAUCUUUGACGGUUCGUGUAAAUCCUCUUUAG